AUGGGUCCUGCUACCGAAAGGGUAGACCUUAGCACGACACAAUCCGACGUCAUGGUAUUACAAGAAAAAGGAUUUAUAUUAGAAAAAAUGGUCGGAGAAGGUUCUUACGCUAAGGUUUACAAAUCUACACAUAUGGUCGACGAGACACGGCACGCCGUGCUGGCCUGUAAAGUGAUAGAUACAGCGCAAGCCCCGCGCGACUAUCUCACUAAGUUCUUACCACGCGAGUUAGACGUUCUAAUAAGAAUCAACCACCCCCAUAUUGUGAAUGUGUCUCACAUUUUUCAACGACGAGCUAAAUACUUCAUUUUUCUACGUUUCGCAGAAAACGGCGAUUUACUAGAUUUUUUGACACAAAACGGCGCAGUGCCAGAGAAUCAAAGCAGACUAUGGAUGAGGCAGAUUGUAUCGGGCAUUCAUUACAUACACACUAUGGAUAUAGCGCAUAGAGAUCUCAAGUGUGAAAACAUAUUAAUAACAUCAAAUUAUAAUGUGAAGAUUACCGAUUUUGGUUUUGCACGCAAUGUGCGUGUGCGCGCCCAUGACAUAAUGAGCGAGACCUACUGCGGGUCUUUAUCUUAUGCAGCUCCAGAAGUACUGAAAGGUGUGCCUUACUUACCCAAGUAUGCGGAUAUGUGGUCACUCGGCGUAAUCCUCUACACGAUGCUCAACAAAGCAUUACCUUUCAAUGAGACAUCUGUUAAAAAGCUUUAUGAGAAACAGGUGAUGCGUAAGUGGCGUUUUCGUACAAGCGUAGUAAAUCAACUGUCAUCGGAAUGCAAACAACAAGUGACAGAACUAAUGGAACCGGAUCCCAAAUCCAGGCCGUGUGCUGGGAGCAUCUUCAACGGACCCUGGAUAGCGAUGGAUUCCAGACUCACAAAAUUGACAUUUUUAGAAGAGUCAUUGCUAAAACAAGCCCAGGAUGAGGCGCAGAAGAGAGAUAAGGAGACGGAAGAUGAGACUGAGCUGGAGAGAAUAGCUGAGCUGCGGCGGAAAGGUCGGGGUAAAGAGGGCUUGAAAAUAUUGAAAAACAAUGAAGCAUUAUUAGCCAAAUCACAACAGUUAUUUGAUAAUAAUAAAGAAUAUUAA